ACUCAUCCUGCCUCUCCCUCCCUCUCUCUUCCUCUCUCCUCUUCUUCUUCUCUCUCUCUCUCUCUCUCUCUUUUCGUCUCCAGAUACACCUCCUCCUCCUCUUCUUCUUCUUCCUCUUCUUCCUCUUCUUCUUCUUCUUCUUCUUCUUUUUUUCCCAUCCUCCAUCAUCUCUCUCCUCCACCUCUCUCCAUCAGUCCCUUCCUUUUCUUUUCAGUUUAUCAUCAUGGAGAACGAGUCGCCGAUCUUCUGGGAUGGGCAGGGCAGCUCCCAGAAUACAAUCUGAAACUCUGAGACCUCUCACUCUGCUGCAGGAUUACUACACAUUACCUACAGUUAGACUUCAGUAACGAACUCACCGUUUACUGUAAAACUACUGCGGACUCUGUUCAUCCUACGAGAGGAAACUACAACAUCUGAGGAAACUACUUCAUCUGCUGCAGAAACUACUCACUCUGACACUACUGUCACUACACACAGGAUUACAACAGUCCACCAGAGGUCCAACCAAUCAGAACCCAACCAGAGACACAAGAACCUGGCACCUCAGGCUGGACCAGAACCAGAAGCCAAACCAGUACCGGACCAGUAAGCCAGUCAGACUCUGUAGAGUGGAUCAGACCAGUCCAGGACAGACCAGAAGAGACCAGUAGAAAUCAGUAAAGGCCAUUGGAAAAGUUUGAUGGGACUGCUGACGAUAGCCACAUGCCUCUGAGUCCGGCUGCUGACACCAAACAUGAUCGCCCGCGGCAACAGGCGGUUACUAACGGCAACCCGACAGGCUCUGCUGUUGCCAGGGACGAGGACGCGGAUGACACGCCCCCUGGAAACAGCAUUGUCGUCCGCAUCGGCAUCCCGGACCUGCAGCAGACGAAGUGUUUGCGGUUGGACCCAGAGUUACCAGUUUGGACCAGUAAGCAGAGGGUUCUGGUGACGUUGACUCAGUCUCUGUCGGAUGUUUUGAACUAUGGUCUCUUCCAGCCGGCGUUCAACGGCCGAGCCGGAAAGUUUCUGGACGAGGAGCGGCUGCUGAAGGAGUAUCCUCUCCCUCCCAUCACGCCCAUCCCAUACCUGGAGUUUCGUUAUAAGAGGAGAGUUUACACGCAGAGCUACGUGGACGAUAAGCAGCUGGCCAAGCUGCACACCAAGGCCAACCUAAAGCGCUUUAUGGAACAUGUUCACCAGAAGAAUGUGGAGAAGGUUUCCAAAUGGUUGGAGAAGGGCCUGGACCCCAACUUCCAUGACUCAGACACCGGGGAGUGUCCUCUGACUCUGGCGGUCCAGCUGGAGGAGAGCUGUGACCUGAUUAAAGUCCUCCGCAGUGGAGGAGCUCACCUGGACUUCAGGACCAGAGACGGUAUCACCGCUCUGCACCGGGCCGUCCUCUGCAGGAACAGCGCUUCUCUCACUACUCUGCUGGACCUUGGGGCGUCUCCGGACUACAAAGACAGCAGAGGUCUAACUCCUCUCUAUCACUCUGCCAUGGUGGGCGGCGCCCCCUACUGCUGCGAGCUGCUGCUGCAGGACCACGCCACCAUCGGGAUGACUGAUGAGAAUGGGUGGCAGGAAAUUCACCAGGCAUGUCGCUAUGGUAACGUGCAGCACUUGGAGCACCUGCUGUUCUACGGAGCUGACAUGAGUUCCCAGAAUGCAUCGGGAAACACCGCACUGCACCUCUGUGCUCUAUACAACCAGGACAGCUGCGCCAGAGUGCUGCUGUUCAGAGGGGCAAAUAAAGACAUCAAAAACUACAACAACCAGACUGCCUUUCAGGUGGCAAUAAUUGCUGGGAACUUUGAACUUGCAGAAAUCAUUAAGAUCCACAAAACCUCUGACGUUGUUCCCUUCAGAGAAACUCCAUCCUACACAAAGCGCCGCAGAGCCGGCGUGAGCAGGACGGCGGCUGGAAAUGGUCUGGCUUCACCGCGCUCCCUUAUUCGCUCAGCUAGUGACAACGCUCUAGAAAGCCCCGCCUCCUCUCCUGGCCCCUCCCUCCAAAGCCUGGAAACGCACCACGACACGCACACACAUUCGCUACGACGACACACACGCCGCCUCAGCCCGAGUGGCGGAGGUCAUGUGGAGACCAGUCCCCCCUCCUCCCCUCCCCUAACCCCUCAAAUGAGGAAGAGGAGGCUGUACAGCGCCGUACCAGGACGCACCUUCAUCGCUACACGGUCCCACGUCCCCCAGGGCACCGGAGAGAUCCAGCUGCACCGAGGAGAGAGGGUCAAAGUUCUGUCAAUAGGUGAAGGAGGAUUCUGGGAAGGAAGUGUUAAAGGAAGGACGGGAUGGUUUCCUGCUGACUGUGUUGAAGAAGUCCAGAUGAGACAAUAUGACCCGCGACUGGAAACGAGAGAGGACCGCACCAAGCGACUGUUCAGACAUUAUACUGUAGGAUCUUAUGACAACUACACCUCCUACAGUGACUAUGUGAUCGAGGAGAAGACCGCCGUGCUGCAGAAGAGAGAGAGCGAAGGAUUCGGCUUUGUCCUCAGAGGAGCUAAAGCUGAGACCCCCAUCGAGGAGUUCGCCCCCACCCCUGCGUUCCCCGCCCUCCAGUACCUGGAGUCAGUGGACCAGGGGGGCGUGGCUUGGAGGGCGGGGCUACGGACUGGAGACUUCCUCAUAGAGGUGAACGGCAAUGACGUGGUGAAGGUGGGUCACCGGCAGGUCGUCUCUCUGAUCCGUCAGGGUGGAAGUCGACUGCUGAUGAAGGUCGUAUCUGUUUCCAGGAAAUCUGAAUCCAACCUGAUCAGGAAGAAAGCUCCGCCCCCUCCAAAACGAGCCCCCAGCACCUCAUUGACGCUCCGAUCCAAGUCCAUGACCGCUGACCUGGAGGACAUAGCCAGGAGGAGACGCUACGAGAAACUGGAUGAGAUGUUGGCCGGGGGUCAACAGGAAGUCGUUCUGAGGGGUCGACCGUCAGACGACUUCAGAGCGGCGACAGUGAAACAGAGACCGACCAGCCGCCGAAUCACACAAGCUGAGAUUAACUCGUUGUUCGAGCGUCAGGGUCUGGUGCCCCCCUCAGCUCCAGAGAAAAGCACCAUGGCUUUACCCCGAGGGAUGUCCAGGACCAAGAGCUUCGGCACACCUGAGGACGACAGGAUCUCAGCGCUGAUCAAUGAAAGUCGGUUUCCACGGAGCUCCUCACUGACAGACAGCUUCAUCCCUCCUCCUCCUCAGACAGCUCCACCCCCUCCUCCUUCCGCCUCUGCUUCCAGCACCUCAAUCUUCAUCCUCGACUCUGGCCCUCCCCCCUCCUUCCUGCCGCCUCCUCCCCCGGCUAGAGGGGACGGUCUAACCCGCUCCAGCUUUAAGCCGGGGGCGGAGCCAAGGCUCCAGGAGCUCUCCGAUUCACCGACGAGGAGCCACGCCCACGCUGAGCGUCAGAGGAAGGCGAGGUCCAUGAUUAUCCUGCAGGACACGCCACCGCAGCUGCAACCUGAUGCGCACGCCGCCGCCGCCGCCACGCACACGCUGCACACCGCCACGCACACUGCCACGCACACGCUUCACACCGCCACACACACCUCCACGCUGUCUCUCCACAGCACCAGCCCCGCCCUUGGCCACUCACCGCUGUCACGCCGCCGGGGACGACCAAUAGAAAACCCCUAUGCUAACGUGGGACAGCAGGCUGCACCCUCCAAGCCACAGAGGAGGAAGUCACCUUUGUUGAAACAACUUCCUGUAGAGGAGCAGGGACUUGGAAUCAAAGAUCAUGAUUUGUUGAAAGUAGACGGAGGUGGACCCAGCAGCCCCAGUAGGGCGGAGCUGUACCAGCAGCAGGUCCUUUCAGAGCGCGCUCGGGUUCAGGGUCGCCGGUCAUCUCUCUUCCUGUCUGUGGAGGGAGCCGGAUCAGAAAACCAAGUGCCGCCCCUGCUGACUCAGAGCCAUUCGAUGGACGACCUCGGCGAGCUUCCCCCUCCUGCCCCGGUCCUGUCACCCUCACCAACGCCUCACACCUUCCUCCACCCGUUGACUGGGAAGCCUUUAGACCCCUCAUCACCCCUCGCCCUGGCUCUUGCUGCACGAGAACGAGCGCUAACUGCCCGCACGCCAAGCCCAGAGCCUCGACUUAAACAUGUAUCUGCCUCCACCACACCCAUACCCACCCCAGCUGCCAGCCCCGAGGGCAGACAUAAGCGCACUCCUAUCACCACCCCGCAGAGCAGCCCAGAGCCACGGUCCAAACGCACUACCCCUCAGACGAGCCCCGAGCAGCGAACCAAGCGCACCACUCCUCAGACCAGUCCUGAACUGAGGCAUAAACGCAUAACCCCGCCCUUGUUCCCUGACGGACAGGUGGAGCGUCCUGAAACAGAGGGAGGAGUGACAUCACCUGCUGCCCCCUCCCCUGAACGCUGGAGACCCACCCCCUUGCCAACGCUGGCCAAUGAGACUCAUGCUUUGAUUGACAGGCGGAGAAGCCUCACAGUGGGCAGCUCAGAAGAGGAGGGCGGGGCUUACACAGUUACACUCCCACCGGCGUUGCUGUCGUCCAGUGAUGAGGAGACUAGAGAGGAGCUUCGCAGAAUCGGCCUGGUAACUCCACCCGCUGCCUUUGCCAGCCCUCCCGCCCCUCCUCCCCCAUCCUCCCUCACCUUGUUGCCUCGGCGGGGCGGGGAGGGAGGGGGAGGAGAGGGCGGUCCUGACUCCCUGGGUAGGCGUGGUGAUGAGGAGGAAGGAGGUGACGAACGGCUCCUCGACAGCUCCUCCUCCCCCAGUUCCCUCCCUCCCUCCAUAACCUUGGCCUCCCCUCCUGCUCCAACCUCCCCCUCCUCUCCUCCUGCUGCUCACCCGUCACCCUCCUCCCCCUCCACCUCCCCAUCUGCUCUUAAGCCACGCCUUCGUUCACCCAUCGGUAGGGGCCGCUCUGCACUGCGGGACCCGCUGCUGAAGCAAUCAUCAGACAGUGAGCUCCUCCCGUCUGCUGCAUCCUGCUCCUCCCCCUCCUCACCGCUCUGUUCCUCCCCCACCAGUGGUGGACGGCAGCCACGCUAUCUGUUCCAGAGGAGGUCCAAGCUGUGGGGGGGCGGAGACGACCGUGAUGAGCGGCGGGGCUUCAGCCCAGAUGACGGGGGACGUCCAGCAGCACUAGGAGGUCAGGGGUCAGGGUCAGCUGUGGAUCUGACCAGCCGGUCGGCAUCAGCUCUGGAGCUGAGCGGCAGGGCGGGGUCCGGACUGGAUCUGGCUAAUCGGCUACAGCUGCUCAACAAAGACAGUCACUCUCUGGGGGAGGAGCCGAGUCCCCUUGAUCCGGGCCGGAGGUCACCAGUAGGAGGUGCCAGAUGUGUGGACAAUGGAGAGAGUAAAUCGUUGUUCUCCAGUCUUGGUGAACUCCACACUAUCUCCCAGCGAGGAUACGGAGCCAGCUAUACAGUCCGACCAGGAAGCCGCUACCCUGUCACCCGCCGGAGCCCCUCCCCCUCUCCCUCCCCAUCUGAUAGGUCAAUAGGGCUUCCCUCCUCCACCGCCCCCUGCUCUGAAAGGCCAGAUCUGAGCUCGGGUCGAGGUCUAACCAUCCUGAAGUCGUCCAGUCUCAGCCUCCCCUCAGAACCAAAAGAGGUUCGGUUUGUGAUGCGAAGCGCCAGUGCACGAACCAGGUCCCGUUCACCCUCACCUUCACCACACGCCUCUCCCUGCCCGUCCCCGGUCCUUAGUGGGCCCCUGUUGGCCCUUCGGCCAUGGAGGCAGCGGCCCCUCAACCUGUGGAAUAAAUAUGACGUGGGGGACUGGCUGGAGAGCGUGGGCCUGGCCGAACACCGCCAGCGCUUCCAGGAGCACGAGAUCGAAGGCUCCCAUCUCCCCGCCCUCACCAAGGAGGACUACGUGGAGUUGGGCGUCACCAGACUGGGACACCGAAUCAACAUCGAGAGGGCUCUCAGACAGCUGCUGGAUGGUUCCACUUGACCCCUCACCUCUGACCACUAACCUCUAGACAUCCUGAACUGUGACCUCAUAACCUCUGACCUCUGGUCAGACACUAGGCCAUCUCUUUGAUUAGGAAAUCUUAGCAGUGACUGAAUCUUUAGACCUUUUUACCAACGUUGAGCCCUUUCUGAGUGAUCUCGGUGACGUUUUGGCUUAUCAGCUCUUUGAUCGACCCGAACAGACGGGUACCACUGAGGUCUGUGUCCAGUAUUUAUCUUUUUAAAGGUAAAAAGAAGUAACAGUUAACCACCAAGCUUUGUCUGAGUUGACAACCAGGCUGCCUUAGAUCCAGUGUGUUCUCUUCAGUUUAAAGCCUUCUGGCAGAUUUCUUACCAACAGUUCAAGUCCAACAAUGCACAGAGCAUAGCCAUCAUUUCCAAUGGAGAGAACAGCUGCAGGAGCCAUGACGGUGUGCACUGCUCUUUUUCCACCAGGUUUUGCAGUCAAAGAUUAAUUACAUUGGACUUUACCUCCAAAUAUUCCAACCACCCCAACGCAAAAAUUUGAUUCGGGCAUUGACCUGAGAGUCAAGGAGGAGACAAUUUUUGGUUCUUACUUUAUACUACUAAUAUAAUGACCAAAAAUAUCAAAAAACCUUAAAGUAGAAAGUUAAAGACUAACAUUUGAUCCAUAAACAUCAAUUUUUUAGGUUUCUAGGCAGAGUCUUUGUCGUACAGAGCUGGUCAUGCAUCGGUGUUCAACAAAUUCAUGUACAUUUUGAUCUACAGGAACAGAAUGCAUCAGGGAUGACAGGUUUUUGUAGGCCAAAGCAGAAGUUAACAUCACCCUGGUUCCCUAAACAAAAAGCCGACAGGAUUUCUCCACUGGAUUUUGGAUUAUUGCAGAAAAUAAUCUCUGUGGCAAACAAACGUCCACGAUACUUGCACGUUGUGUUGCACACCACUUCAUGAUUUUGACUAAAGCAAAAAGUAAACAUCACGCUAUAAAUGAACUACACUGCUGCUACAUGACUUAACGUCGCCACCGUGACAAGGCUGUGAAGCCGUGUUUGGCGUGAUGAUGUGUAGUCUCAUUUAGCCACUUUAUAACAACUGAACCGCCUUUUUUAAGACACCUAAAGGCCUUAAAAUUCAUGAGUGGGGUAUUUCAUGACGUAUUUUUUUGUCAUAGAACAAAAUGAGAAAGUCUGUUUAGAACAUGUUAACCACAGACUUUAUUUCAGGCAACUAACCAACAAUCAAUUGACUUUGAGUCGAGGGAACUGGGAGUGCUAACGUGCCGACUCAACUGGUGCCAAAAUGGCUCCACAGCCAGUUACAUUAAAAUAAAAUCCAAUAUUAUCUCUUAAUUUACUCUGACUGAGCUAAUGAAUUGAACUUUGACUCAGUGAACAAUCUGAAGUUAUUAAUUUUACCGUUAUAAAAGAAAACAAGCAAAUUUUCAUAUUUGAGAAGCUGUCAUCUGUGAAUUUUCAGUUAAGCAAUCAAUAUUUUUCUUUUUACCAUCAGCCAACUAGUUGAUUAACCAAUUAACUGUUUAAGCUUCAAUGUAAUGUUUUUAGCUAAUUUUGCAUUUCUAGAAUUUGCGUCAACUCACUUAACAAUAAGACUGCAACGCUUACUUUAAUCGUCAAUUAAUCUGUCGAUUAUUUUCGUAAUUAAUCGAUAAGUUGUUUGGUCUAUAAAAUGUCAGAAAACGAUAAAAAAAUAUCGAUCAGUGUUCCCCAAAGCCCAACAUGACGUCCUCAAAUGUCUUGUUUUGUCUAAAGAUAUUCAGUUUAUGAUCAUAGAGCAGGAAAGGAAGCAGAAAAUAGUCACAUUUAAGAAGCUGGAAUCAGAAAGUUUUGAUUUCUUUUGUUUAAAAAUAACUCACACCAAUUAAUCGAUUCUCAAAUUAGUAGGCGAUGAAUUUAAUUUAUGACAAUUAAUGGAUUAAUCAUUGCAGCUCUACUCUCCAAAGAAUUGGAGAAAUUUCACCUACAGUUGCUAACGUUCUGUGCUAGCUAGCAAAAGUUCUGUGCUAGCUAGCAGCCUAAUUUGUAAGCUAGUGAAUUGUUUUCAAAUACUGACGUAAUGUAGCUGUUAAACAGUUUGUUUUUUUAAUUUCAAUCACCAGAAAAAAAUUAAUUGGAAUACCUGCGUUUUGACUAAAGCUAGCUCAUAGCAUCCACACAGUGCUCUACAGCAUUCCGUUAGCAUACGAAGCUAAUCACAGCUGGACACAGAGCUUCACUGCUAAUCUCAACAGGUGAUCAAAGAGCUGAUCUGACAAACUGAUUACAAAUAUAACGAGACGGGUUCUUUUCCUCGUGCCAUUCUGCUUCCCCAGACGAGUUUAGCUGAACUUUUUGCUGGCAGAGCUGGACGAUUAGCGAGCUACUGGGAGUCUCUACCUUAACAACAACAACGGGAGAUUAGCUGAGGAUAUUUCUCCGUCUUUUCUUGUGACUUUUUUUUUUUUUUUUCAAAUAUCACUCAUGAAGAAUUUGUGUUUAUUUUGAGUUCAUAUCUUAACGCCGAUCAUUUAGAAUUUAUGAAUAACAAGUAAUAAUAAUGUGGUGGUGAUGACUUACAGAGUUUAUAAUAGUUUGGAAAAUGAUUUUGAGUUCCUUAUGAUUUGACAAUGAGUUGAAUUUCAAGGUCGUUCUCGGUUUUGAGAUUCAUAAUGAUUUGUCAAUGAGUGUGACUUUGUGCUGAUGUGCUGUGUGUUUCAGGGAGAGCUGCAGCGGAGCUCCAACUGUAAACCUCUCUGGUUUCUAACCUGCUUAUCGAGGGCUUACUGUACAUGGUGCUAUCUGUUUAAAGCCAUCUGUACAGAGUAUACCUUUCCUCUUCCCCUCCUAUACCGUCCCUAUACACUGUCACACAAAACUCUUAUCUUAACCCCCCUUAACUCUGUCAAUCCUAAAUUAAUCAACCGAGUGUGGCUGUACCUGCCAUGACCAUCUCACAGUAAUGGUGACUCGCCAGGAACAGGCCAUAUAUGGAGUUUCCUCCCUGCCAUAUUGGGGAUUUCGUCCCUGCCAUACGUGGAGUUUCCUCCAGACCAUAUAUAGAGUUUCCCAGGGGCCGUAAAUAGAGUUUAAAACAGACCAAUUACACUUUACAAUGUGAUCACAUCAAGACACAAAAUCUGUGUUUAUGAGUUAAAAAGUGGUCACACCAAAUUUCAUUUCAAUGACAAAGGGUGUGAGUCGUAUUUACUUCUAGUUGCACGUUGAUCCCGUCUCACAAAAGAGCCCAAUUUGAUUGGUUCUCCAGUGUCCAGCCAAUUUCAUAGUGAAGGUGGAACUGGACACCUAAUUUGGGAAGUACUCUCUGUUAUUUAUCUCUGCACAGUGAAAUACUGUGAGUGUCAGAGAACAACAAAUGCUGCUUGGUUCAACAAGAGCUAUAGAAGUUGAUGACAUUUAAGUCCUGCACAGGUCUGAUUUAAAGACCGACAGUUCCAAACAGGAACCACGAUGUGCAUUACCACACCCGCUCCACCACCCGCACAUACGACCAAAAAGUUCCACCAACACAAGAUCCACAGCCCGACCCAAAACCAAAAACCCUACAAUAACUGUGUGCUGUUGGAAUAAUUUCUUUAGGCAGCACGUGUAAAGUGAUUAUUUUGGGAUGUUUCAUACAUGUGAAACUAAGAUAUUAUAUUUUAAAACAGAGGUAAUUUAGAAAAUAAUAUUUAAAUGACUAUUUUUGGCUUAUUCUCUUAAUAUUGAGCAGCACAUCUGCACAGUUAACGUGCCUGUUAGUAACACACCUGACUGAUGUGCCUCUCAUAUUCUAACAGAGCCGACACACGAAGUCAGAGGAUUAAAACAUUAAAAUAUUCCUAUUUUCAUUUUAUUUUUAUAUAUUGAUCAUGUGAUGACCAGAAUCCGACCUGCACGUUCUUUUUUUUCCACCCAAAACUGAACCUUAGUAAAUUGAAGACCACCCACGAAUCACCUUUUUUGUGCAGGUCAUUUGCCGCAUAUCCAGAUACAUGAGCCGAUGGAGGACUCUGUAGUUCAGAGGGGCCAGGCGACAUGGCCGCAUUUAUUUAUUUUAAGCAUCAAAAUGCAGAAAGGCUAAAACCUGAUGGAAACAUACUCUGAAGGUUAUCAGUUGCAGGAUUAACUAUAUAAAGAUGGACGACAUGUCUUCAGCUUCUGCCUACUGCACCAAAGUAAAGCCAAAAUAUCCCAGAUACAACUGCUGCCAUCUGGCAUUAGUGAAGUCAUUUGGAACCAGAGUCUGCGCAGUAGUAUUGAGUAUUGAGUUGUGCCCGACCCAACUGCAAGUAGCGCCAUUGAUCCUGAGCACACAUGACACACAGAGCUGUCAAUCAGGACAUCAGACCCCCUUUUAUAGCAUCAAAAAACAAAUUAAAACCAAACUUGUCAGAAAAAUGAACAAACAUCAGUGUGAUGAGAACUGCGUAAAAUCCUCUUUGGGGAACAUUUACUUCACGUGUACUUUGAGAUUGUAGUUUGGUCCCAUCUGUCCCGUCCCCAAACAUGGAGGGGGCAGGCUUUAUGACCAAUACUGCAGCCAGCCACCAGGGGGCGAUCCAGAUGUUUUGGCUUCACUUCUGCAGAGCUGUCCAGGCUGCCAUGAAGUGCACCGGGCUUUGAAGCCAAUUUUAUAUAGUGGCUAAGCAUGGAAUUACAACUUCCUGGUCCAUCACGGAAUACCGCUGGGCCCGAAAAAGACUUUUUCCCAUAGAUGUGAAAGAGACGUCUGUAAAUUAGCGUAUACAUUUUAUAGAGCAUCACCAACCCUGUGAAAUGACUUGUUCCACCAUCAGAAUUUGAUCCAUUCAGUCUGAUAACAUUUGGAAAGUCUGGAAGGGCCAUAUGAUUAUAUAAUUUUGUACCCAGUGAAAUUAGCUGAGCGCUAAAUGGAAGUAGCCAGCUCGGCUAGCGUAAGUCUUUAGUGCGUCUGCUGCAUUUGCUCCGGAAGAUUCAGGUAAAUCUACACUUGUCAGUUGAAGUUUUCUGGCUUUAUGCGCCGCUGAGCAGCUUCCAUAAGAAUUAAUGGGCUUAGCGUCCAUCGCUGUAUCCAGUUCUCUUUAUACAUCCAUGGAGCUGUCAUGUCGCCCAUCUUUAUGUAGCCUACAGUCAUUGAUCACACAAUAUGCUCCUGCUGUUUGUGUCUCUCAUAUCUGCAGCCUCUUUGUGCACGUCGUUAUAACUUGAUUUUGAACACGUAGACAUUUCGUGCAAACUCAAAACUUCAUCAGAUUUGGAUAUUUUGCCCAGACCUACAAGAUAGCGUUAGAUAAGAUUGAUUUGAUUUACUGUUUUUGGAUUGCUAUUGCGACCCUGCCAGCCACGCUAGCUGACGCACUUUAUACUUAAAGCCUUGCGCACACAGCACGACUGUCGAGCUUUGCACCACAGUAUGCAAGUAAAGUUCACCUUUCAAAAUCUGGUCUGACUGCACCGUUAAAAACAUUAGUGGACACAACUCUUACAGAAACUGUCCCUGCUUUUGUGAUCUUAAAGAGAGACGGAUGAGGAGACUUAUAUCUGUGUGUCCAGGACGUGUUUAGCUUAGCUUAGCACAAAGACUGGAAGCAGGGGGAAACUGCUAGCUUAGCUUUUCUCUUUAAAAUCAGAAGUUAAUAAUCACAAACUGUUGAUUUUAACUGACGGAGACACUUGUUGUCCUCGUCUUUGCUACACCUCCCUCUUGUCUUAAUAACUUCACACAGCAAACUAAUUUCACACUGCUGUCAAACUACCUAACACGGGAUCGCCCUCUGAAGCACAAUCAACGUUCCAGUGCCUGUUUCCACGACAACAAAUCUACAGCGUUUAUGACGCUUUUUUUUCCCAACUGAAGAACCUGAACACGAGCCAAGACCACAAUCAUGAAUCCCAAAGUUGUACAAGUUCACAGUGCCCUUUAGCACAGAGGUAAAGAAUGUAUAGUCUAUGUACAGCACAUUACAGUAGACUCUAUAGUCUGUUUAAUAUAUAUUAUGGUAGAAUGAUGUAGCUAUAGUGUAAAAUAUAAAGUAUAGUAGACAAUAAAAUGUAUACAGUAAUAUUUUGGUAGACUGUAGUCUAUAAAGUCUUUAGCUGCAUGUGAUAUUCAGUCGUUGUAAACAGACACACAUCAGCUGUUUAUCCUCUAUGAAUCCAAGAAUUUAUAUAUAUUUAAAAAAUAAUAAUUUCACUCAAAACCAACUUGUAUGAUUAAUUAAAUUAUAUCUGAGUUCAUCAUGCUAGUUUGUAGUGUUCUGAGCAAGAGUCUGUUCAGUCUGAUCUGAGCAACACUUCCCCAGAAAGACGUAUAAAAACAGAAAUCAGAUCCCGGCAGCGUGAAUCCAAACCCGUUAACUACAUCUGAAUUCUUUCUAAUCUCUUAUCAGUUAUCGUUAAGUUGAGUUUAAGUAACUAAAGUUCACCGUCUGGCUGUCUGCACUUGACCCCGUAUUUAUUUCAGGUAACUUAGCGUCUCUUAGAACCUUGGUUACGCACGUAACUCCCAAUUGGAGUUGUAGUUUGAAAAGAGAGCUGUGAUUGGGUCACAGUGAUCCUGCGUGCAAACUAAAAACAUCUUCAGGCCCCGAUCAGACAGAGCACUUUUUACAGGAUGAAAAACACGAGGCGCACCCAUACAAUGUGUAAAAAUAACUGAUGUAGCAACCGUGACGUCACCCGUCGAUAUGUUUUGUUUCCUAGGAUGGUGAAAGCAUGACCCGCCCUACUCUGAUUGACUUACCCAGAUGUUUUUACCCCUUGUCAGAACCACUGUUACCCGCCAUGCCUAAACCCAACCA